ACCCAAAUGCCUGAAAAGGUGUGCACUAACCCAGAUGCUGCUGUCACUGUCUCACCCGUCAGACCGAAGGAAUCCCAGGUGCCGGAACUUCUCGCACACGUCCCUCUGGAAAACUUCCUGCAGGCUUUACAUUCAGAAGCUCUGAGCAGCACAUCGUCUACAGAUGAGGAGGAUCGGAGAGAUGCUGAACUUCAGCUGGCCAAUUACCCCUGGUUCCAUGGGACACUGUCACGGGUAAAAGCUGCCCAACUGGUUCUGGCUGGAGGCUCCAGGAGUCACGGUCUGUUUGUCAUUCGCCAGAGUGAGACACGGCCAGGGGAAUAUGUGCUGACCUUCAACUUUCAGGGCAAGGCAAAGCACCUACGCCUGUCUCUGAAUGAAACUGGUCAGUGCCAUGUUCAGCAUCUCUGGUUUCAGACCAUCCUGGAUAUGCUGAAACAUUUCCAUACUCAUCCCAUCCCCCUGGAGUCCGGAGGUUCUGCUGAUAUCACUCUCCGCAGCUACGUGCUGGUCACAAAACCCAACCCAGGCUCAGGUAAGAAUCUCUGA